AUGUUGGCUCAUUUGUACUUUUUUGAUAAUAUGAGAGUAUUUCCCCAAAGAAUUUUAUUCUGUCUCUCAAUAUCAGAUUUUCUUUUCUCAAUAGGAUUACUUAUGUACAUAGAACCUGAUGUUAAUAACUAUAAUAAAUUAAGGUUUUAUUAUGAUAAUAUUUUAGAUGUACUAUUUAAGGAAUUAUAACUCAAUUUUCAUCAAUUAGUGCCUUUUUGUGGAGCACUACUAUUGCAUAUUUAUUAUAUAUUUCAAUUAUGAUAGGAUAAUAAAAAAUUACAUAAUUAGAAAGAUACUAGAAGGUAAUUUUUAUUUGUGGUAAACGAUAAUUACAAAAUAGGGUUUGCUCUUCCUAUAUUUACAUCUAUUUUACCAUGUUUUUUUGAUUCUUAUGUUCCAAUUCCAUAAAAAUUACCUGUUACUUGUUCAAUAAGUUCAAAUGAUGAAAAUAAAUCAAUACAAGAAAAUCAUAAUCUUAGUUUGUACUUAAAUCUAUCUUUGUUUUAUAUACCUGUAAUUAUUGCAGUGGUAAUUUCAAUAUAUUUCAUCAUGAGAUCAUAUUUCAAAAUUAAAAAAAAUAAAAGUCUGUAUAAAUUGCUUAAUAAAAGAUUAAACAUACAAUUAAUUUUUGCAAAAACUCUUAUAUUUUAUCCUAUAGGAUUAUUUAUUUGUUGGUUACCCUCAUUAAUUGUGUUUUUCAUUUUCACUUUCAAAAAUGAUUGGUUUUAAUAGAUUCAAACAUAGUAUGAGAUUCAUAAAUAUAUUAGAGUUGUUUAAUAUGGUUUAAGUUUUUUAUAAGGGUUUUUUAACAGUUUAAUCUAUUUAGUUAAUAUUAAUUUAAUGAGAAGAAAAUUAAAAACUCUAGAUAAAAUUUAGUAAAAUGAAAAUGUGAAAAAUAGUAUGUCAAAUAAUUUAGAUGAUAGUGUGAAAAGCAGUUCAUUUAGUAAUGGUUUUGAAAAUCUACAAGAUAUUUGA